CGCAGUAAUCGUGCAGUAUUGUCGGAAUUUUACGGCCGUAUUUUUUUCAAAUUUUUUGUUUAUAUCAUCGUAGAUAAGGGUAGUAAAGUCAGCAUAAUAACGUAUCAGUGUUGUUAGCUGUGUGAAGUGGUAAAACGCAAUGUCCCGCGCGAUAGGCGGUCGGUGAAAGUGCAAGGUGUUGUGACCGCGAGUGAUCAUAAAACGAGUGGAUAGUGGAUGACGAUGGGCGUGGGUCUGCAGCCUCUAGAGUUCACCGAGUGCCUCGCGGACAGCCCUCAGUUCCGCGAGAAUCUCCAACGUCACGAGAAGGAACUAGAACGAACUAGCCAGCAGAUCAAGCGGCUCAUCAAAGAAGUCAAGGAUGUCGUGCAGGCAGCUAAACGUCUCGGCAGCGCUCAGCUGGCGCUGGCAUCGAGCAUGGAGCAGUUCGAGUUCGCCUGCAUCGGUGCAUCCAUGACGGAGGACGAGCGCGUUAUAGGACGCUCCCUGCACCACUUCGCCCAUCUAAUAAGGACCAUAGAGGAAGAGAGGGAACGAAUGUUGGGCAGAGCGCACGAGCAAAUAAUUCAGCCCCUGGAGAAGUUCCGGAAAGAACAUAUCGGUGCUGUCAAGGAAGGAAAAAAGAAAUUCGAUAAGAAGACUGCGAAGUUCUGUCAAACGCAAGAACGCACGUUGUCGCUGUCUUUGAAGAAACCAGAGACUGUCUUCCAAGAGGCUGAUGCGGCAAUGGACAUGGCCGAGCGCGACUUCUGCCAGGCGUCCCUCGAGUACGUGUUCCAGCUGCAAGCCGUCCAGGAGAGGAAGAAGUUCGAGCUGGUGGAGACGCUGCUCGGCUUCGUCUUCGGCUGGUGGACCUUCCACCACACGGCGCACGACGUCCACGCCGACGCCGAGCCCAGGGUGCGCGAUCUGCAACUCAGGAUACAACGAACGAGGAGUAAUUUCGAAGAGACAAGCAAACAGACUGAAUCACUCAUGAAGAAGAUGAUGGAAGUGCGGCAAAUGUCCAAAGAAGAGGACGGAAGCGAUGACGGCCCCGGGGGCGUGUCCAGGGCUGGUUACCUGUUCCUCAUGGAGAAAAAGGCCUUCGGUACGACGACGUGGAGCAAGCAGUUCUGCACGUACGAGAAGAGAUCCCGGAUCUUGACCCUGACGCCGUACAACCAGAUCAACGUCAAAACGAGCUGGUCUCCCGAGGCCGUGUGUCUGUGCGGCGCCGUGGCGUGCGGUGAGGCGGCGGAGCGGCGCUGGUGCUGGGAGGCAAUCCCCGCCGACCGCGAGCGCAGCCCCCUCACACUGCAGGCGCUCUCGCAGCGGGACCGCGCCGCCUGGCUUGCUGCCGUCGACGAGCCCCCCGCUGAGAGACACCCGCAGAAAGCAUCUGUGAACAGUGAAGAGUUUGCGUUAGACGAAACGGGAUUCGCGUUCGUGCGGAAGCUGAUAUCCGUGAUAGAGUCGAGGGGGCUGGAGGAGCAGGGACUGUACAGGGUGGCGGGCGUGGCGUCCAAGGUGUCGCGGCUGGUGGCGUGCGCCGCGCCGGGCCGCCGCCUGCCGCCCGCGCUCCACGACCCGCUGGAGUGGGAGACCAAGACCCUGACCUCCGCGCUCAAGAGCUACCUGCGCGCGCUGCCCGACCCGCUGCUCACCCGCGCGCUGCACGACCGCUUCAUCGCCGUCGUCAAGUGCGAGCGGCGGGCGGAGCGCGCGGCGGGCGUGUGCGAGCUGGUGCGCGCGCUGCCGCCGCACAACCGGGACAUGCUGCUGCUGGUGCUGGCACACCUGCGGAAGGUAGCGGCGAAGAGCGACAAGAACCUAAUGUCGGAGUCGAACCUGGCGGUCUGCUUCGGGCCCACGCUGCUGAGGCCGGAGCGGGAGACGGUGGCCUCCAUACUGGAGCUCAAGUUCUACAACGUGCUGGUGGAGACCAUGCUCGAGAACUACGACGAGAUCUUUGAGGCCGGCCCCCCCGCCCCGCCCGCGCACAACGGCCUGCUCAGAACGUCGCCGACCGCGUUACCGACAGCGUCGAGGAAUGAUAUCAGCUUGGUAGGCGCGGGCGGCAUAGCGGCCGGCGUGGGGCCCGGCGCGCGAUACUCGCCCCACCACCACCAGCUGCUGCAACACUUCACCCACCCGCACCCCCUCGCUCAUGCGGGAGUGGGGCGCUCCAGCAGCAGCUCGGCCGAGUCGGUGUCCAGCGCGUCGCCCCCGCCCGGAGCCCCGGCCUCCGCCCUCCGCCCGCAACGCUGCACGCGCGUGCGCACGCUGUACGCCUGCCUGGGGGAGAGCGACGGCGAGCUGUCCUUCGAGCCCAACCAGAUCAUCACCAACGUGGCGCCCUCGGGGGAGCCGGGCUGGCUGCGCGGCUCGCUCAACGGCAAGACGGGGCUCGUGCCGGAGAACUACGUCGAGCCGCUGCCCUAGGGCGACCCCCCACCCCCAGACACACGCGACUAUACGCUAUAUACUGGUGGUGGGACCUCUUUAUGAGUCCGCGCGGGUAGGUACCACCACCCUACCUAUUUCUGCCGUGAAGCAGUAAUGCGUUUCGGCUUGAAGGGUGUG